UGCAAUGAAUGUCGACGUAGGAAAGGAAAGUGUGAUCGUGUAUUGCCAGAAUGCACUUCAUGCUCUCGUAAUCGACGUCACUGUCUGUACGAGAAGGCCGCUGGUCGGACGCCAUUGACAAGAAAGAAUCUUACAGAAGCUGAGGAGAAGCUACGGCGUGUUGAAAUAAGAGCAAGGACGGCUGAACGCAGAGCUAUCGCAGCCGAAGAAAAAUUGGCUUCUCUUGUGCGCACGAGUAGUCUUGGUAAUGUGCCUGAACCUCCACCUCCGAUCAAUGGCAAUGCAAACUAUAUGCCCUCUGUCGAUCCAAAUGCAUGCGCAGUUUCAGAAGCUUCCCUUCAUCCUGAUAUACUGGAGCAACAACUCGUUUCCUUCAGCGACGAUCAUCAACUGGAUGAUGGCUGCCAUGGCCUGCCAGAAGAACCCCCUUCGGAAGUUGAUGAUUUCAAUUGGGAUGAGAUAUCUCGAACCACAAAUCGCCAUGAAGAUACCGCAAAGCAACACGAAGUCAUAGCCAACGUCAAAGACGAAGAGAUUGUAGAUGGCAUGGCAUCACUAAUCGUAGAAGAACGAGGAGCUGGCUAUCUCGGAACGGCGUCUGGGGCUGCCAUGCUGCGGUUGCUGAUGCCUGACGCGGAUUCGCGAGACGCUGCCAGACAACGGCGGAAAACCAAUGCAGAUGAACACAGUGUUGACGACAACAAAGAUCUCGCUUACGAAGAGCUUGGUCUAGCUGAUAUCGAUCUCGACUCGGCCAUAGACGCAUACUUCGCAUCUUACCAUCUACAAUAUCCCUUGGUACACGAGCCUACGUUCAGGGCGCAAUACUCUUCUAUAAUACCUCGACCGAACGGAUUGGCUUUCGAGGCACUAGUCUAUAUGCUAGGUGCUAUCGGACUUUUCUCAAUAGCAACUCCAUCAACUGAGAAAAACAACGAUGACCUAAGACUCUUCGAGGCUGCCAAGCUGAAUAUCAAGAUUGACGUGCUGGAGAAAGGCAAUAUCACUCUACUGCAGGUGCUGGCCUUGAUGUCCAAUUAUUUACAGAAAAGGGGGAAGCCAAAUAGUGGAUACAACUAUUUGGGACUUACCCUACAUAUGGCCAUGGGUCUCGGUUUGCACAAGGAGUUUGCGAAUUGGAAGCUGCCACCCUUAGCCAUCGAAAACAGGCGCCGUGUGUGGUGGACAUUAUACAAUCUGUUCGCAGGCGCCCUUGUCACUUUCGGCCGUCCGUGGUCUUGGCCAGACAAAGGCAUUGAAAUAUCCUUGCCUCUAAACAUACACGAUCGAGACCUUACUAGCAUCACCAAAUCCUGGCCUGAUAGUCGACAGACUAUCACAACAUACACUUUUAUGCUCGCUCAAGCCAAGUUUCAUCAGGCGACGGCUAGUAUAUAUACACGAGUGAUCACUAUGCCGUAUCCAUCGGCUUCUGAGCUCUUAAGUCUCGAUGAAAAGAUGCUAGGCAGCUGGCUCCAGGAACUUGGCCCAUGGUUCGCGGAAGAUGCUCAAGUGCCUGCGAAAUUCGCAUUGGGCCAUCAUAUCAUGCACAACAGGGCUCGAAAUUUCCGGAUCAUCAUGUAUCGCCCAUUUGUGAUCCGCAGUAUUUUAAGCUCAGCCAAGGGAUUGGAUGGACUUGGUCCGUCUCCCACGGAGCAGACCGUAAUUGACCGCUGCCUCUCUGAAGCAAAAUCGACCGUCUCUUCAAUCCGCACAUACUGGUCUGCUGGUGUUCACAACAGGUUGGCCGCUUGGUAUUCUCUCUAUUUCGUUUUCCAGGCUUCCUUGAUCCCAUGCUUGUGUCUUCGUAACCAGCCAAAUGCUCCAUUGGCCUCAGACUGGCGUUCACAGAUUCAGCAGACUCUCUCUGUCAUGACUGAGAUGAACGAUAUCAAUCCGAGCAGCAUCGAAUGCCAGUCUGUGAUCAUGCGCCUAUGCGGUCAUUUUCUCAGUACGACAUCUGCGUCAAUACCCAGUUGUGCUCCUCUGAUAGCCACGGAAGAGAGCCCACAGACUCAAAUCAAUAAUGUGUACUCCAUGAUGUGGCCAAACACUAGUCCUGCGAGCGCUGACUUCCUUAUGAGCGAUCCACAAUGG